GUCAUGAGUCACGACCAUAUUGUUUGGUGGAGGCGGAAACAAACUACAUUUCGGGCAGUGUGAUGCUGAUGUGACUUUAGCUCGAUUUGCGUCGGUAAUGUAAACCUGAAUACAGCAUCUGCCAGCAGCGAUAAGUGCAGGGAAUUUAUUAUUAAAGUGCACAGUAUAAACAUUAUAAAGAACUGCUAAGCUAGUCCAACCCUGAGCGUGUUACCAUGGCGUCAGAUGACCAGAUGAGGUCCGAACUGGAAGAGCUGCAGAUGAGAGCGAAUGCGAAAACAGACGAGUCGCUGGACAGCACAAGGCGGAUGCUGUCAAUGUGCGAUGAGAGCAACUGGAUCGUGUGGAGGAGGGCAUGGAUCACAUCAACCAGGACAUGCGGGAGGCUGAGAAGAACCUGACAGGCAUGGAGAAGUGCUGUGGCAUCUUCGUGUGUCCGUGCCAGAAAUCGAAAGACAUCGAGAAGAGCAAGGAGUACGCGAACACGUGGAAGAAGGACGACGACGGAAAAGUGUCGUCCUCGCAGCCGACCGCGCGCGUCACCGACGACAGGAACAACAUGGGUCCAACGGGCGGCUACGUGACAAGGAUAACAAAUGACGCGCGCGAGGACGAGAUGGAAGAGAACAUCGGACAGGUGGCCGGCAUGCUGGGAAAUCUACGCAACAUGGCGAUCGACAUGGGCGGCGAGAUCGACACGCAGAAUUGGCAGCUGGACAGAAUCAAUCAGAAGGCGAAGCUGGUCGGUACACGGACGAGACGAGGCGCACGCUACGGGUCCUCGCGGAGAUACUGA